UAGCACGUAUUAAUAAUGUAUUUGUUUAUCCAUCAGAAAUAAAUGUUGAUCAACUUAAAGAUGCACUUAGUCGAACUCUUUCUUUAUGGCCAUUUGUUGUUGGUCGUACUAUAUUAGAGAACGAUCAACAUCAUAUCAUUGAAAUGUGUGACAAUCCUAUUCCAAUAACAUUAGUUAUUAAUAACGAUUUGAAAGAAUGGCCUUUGGAUUCAAAUGUUAUUGUAGAAGCAAAUAACAAAUUAUUUCCAAUAUUUAUUGAUGAAGUUCAAGUAACGAAAUUCUUUAACAAUCCAUCUGAUGAACCACUUGUUCGUUUAAAAUUAACUCAUAUUAUACAAAGUAAUGAAUGGGUAUUAGGUAUUAGUUGGUAUCAUCCGUUAGGUGAUGCUGCUGCAUGUAUACAUUUUUCUAAUACAUUAUCACGUUUAUAUCAACAAAUGGAACCUACACAACCAUUACCAAUAUUUCAACGCCGUUUAUGGCGAGAAGAUGAAGCUGAUCAAUCAGUUUUACCUAUACCAAAACAAUUUCGAGAUGCUCAAUCUAUAGAAGAAGUUUCAAAAAUAUCCUCUGCUUAUCAACUUAAUUAUGAUCAACUAAAUCUACAUUUCUCUGGUAAACAACUUGCUAUCUUACGAAUGUUAGCUGAUGAAAAUAGUAUAACAAUACAAGAUGUACUUACAGCCUAUAUUAUUUUGACACUUAAUAAAUAUUGUUAUAAUAAUAAUGAUGAGCGUCGUAUUUUACAUACAAUUACAAUCGUUAAUUCUCGUGGUGUUUCGGAUUUCAUUGCUCCACAAGGUCAAGUAUCUAAUUCUUUAUUCAUGAUGUUAUCGAAUGAUUUUGAUGAUCCGUAUUCAUUAUCAAAUAUUGCAAAGACAAUACGUCAAUUGAUUAUUCAGUUACGUGAUCCUAAAGUUCUUGAAUCUGGAAUUGCUACUAUUGAUGGAUUAAUCAGAAAGAAUAUCAGAAAUAAUAAAUUUCCGAAUCCACAACUUGUUCCAAAUGAAAUUGCUGUUAAUUCAAAUUUUAAAUAUGAUUGGGCAAAUUUAGUUGAUUUCGGUUAUACAGAUAAAUGUCGAUUUUAUACAAUUUGGACGAGUGUAUUAUAUUUACGUGUAUUUCGUCUUAAUCCCGAAAAAGAAGGAAAUCAAUGGUUACCAAGAGAUCGAGAUGGAGCUGAAGUAUCAUUUCGAAUGGAAAAAGAUUUAAAAGAAAAGUUUAUUAAUGCAUGGAAACGAGACAUUAUUGAAAAUUUUCAAAAUGUAAAGAAAUAG